AGCGGCGGAACGCGGGCCCCGGGGACGGCGGGAGGCGCCCGCGCUCCGAGGCUGCGGUGGGCCUCGUGGUGAGCUGGGGCCCGGUUCUCUCCGUGCGGAGAGCGCGAGCCUCGGCCGCGGCCGGGGGCGGCCCGCGGAGCGCCUGGUCCAGUCAUGGCAGACUACUGGAAGUCACAACCAAAGAAAUUCUGUGAUUACUGCAAGUGUUGGAUCGCGGACAAUAGGCCUAGCAUUGAAUUUCAUGAAAGAGGAAAGAAUCACAAAGAAAAUGUGGCGAAGAGGAUCAGUGAGAUUAAACAGAAAAGCCUGGAUAAGGCAAAGGAAGAAGAAAAGGCGUCAAAGGAGUUUGCUGCAAUGGAGGCAGCUGCCCUGAAAGCAUACCAGGAGGAUUUGAAAAGGCUUGGCUUAGAGUCAGAGAUCUCAGAGCCAAGCGUGUCACCAGUAACCAGCACGGUUCCACCCACCUCUGCAUCAAAUCAGCAGAAAGAAAAGAAGAAAAAGAAAAAAGACGCUUCAAAGGGCAGAUGGGUAGAAGGCAUAACCUCGGAGGGCCACCAUUACUAUUAUGAUCUUAUCACAGGAGCAUCUCAGUGGGAGAAACCUGAAGGAUUUCAAGGAAACUUAAAAAAGGCAACAGGGAAGACUGUGUGGAUAGAAGGGUUAAGUGAAGAUGGCUAUACCUAUUAUUAUAAUACAGAAACAGGGGAAUCCAGAUGGGAAAAACCCGAUGAUUUCAUUCCACACUCCGGUGAUCUGCCUUCUAGUAAAGUCAAUGAAAAGUCACUUGGCACCCUAGAAGAGUCCAAAUCUUCAGAUUCACAUGGUGAGUCUGAUGGCGAACAGGAGGCAGGAAAGGAGAAGAAAAAAGAAGAGAUCCCAACAGAAACACAGAAGCUAAUAAUAAAGUUUAAGGAAAAAAAUAAAAAUAGUAAUAAAAGAACUGAACCAGAAACACAGAAAGAAAAAAAUACCCAAGGGAAGAAUUCAUCAGGUCCAAGUGAAGAAAAACCCAAAGAAAAAAAUACCCAAGGGAAGAGUUCAUCAGGUUCAAAUGAAGAAAAACCCAAAGCUCAUAAAAAGCCAAACCCAUAUGGAGAAUGGCAGGAAAUUAAACCAGAAGUUGAGUCCCAUGAGGAGGUAGAUUUGGAGCUUCCAAGCGCUGAAAAUGAAUAUGUAUCAACUUCGGAGGCUGAUGCUGCUGGGGAACCCCAACUGGUUUUUAAAGAAAAAACAGUCACUUCUCUUGGAGUCGUGGCAGAUGGAGUGGCCCCAGUCUUCAAAAAGAGAAGAAUUGAAAAUGGGAAGUCUAGAAAUUUAAGGCAACGAGGUGAUGAUCAAUAAUUAUAAGAAAGCUCUUAAUGUGUGUUUUUUGGACAUAAUGGAGACUGUACAUCUUUAAAAGCUCCUCUGUGUUUGUUUUAUAUUAUUUAAGUGAUAAAAAUUUAGACUUACUCUGAAUGUAUUUUAUGUGAAUUUAAAAUAAAUCUUUUUUCAUGUGAAA